GCUUGCUUGUUGGCAGUAAAACGCACGACGAGCAGCCUUUUUCUUUACAAAUGAGAGAUUUCACUAACGUGUGUCACGCUGUUCGCUUUGAAAUCCACGCAACGGCAGUUCCACGAAAGAAAAGUCUUGCAUUUUCCACCGCAGUGGCCUUCGUUUAAAUGACCCUUCGCUGGCUCGCGCGGUGGCCAGUCGAGCUUCACGAGCCGUCAUGGAGGAGCGCGAGCCUAAAAUAAACUGUAGCAGCACCGAGCUAGCUGGCUAGCGCAGUUUAGCUUAGCUACGCAGCACUAGGCCAGUGCGUGCUUCAGAUCAUUAAAAUAGCCGACUAGCUAAAAUACUGAAUGUAAGAAGAUGCUUCAUUCGGGGUUUAAUUACAGCCUUUGCUGGUGGUGAAUAAAGCAGCGCGUGUUUGAGAUGUCUCAUAUACGCAGUUAGCAUAAGAGUCCGCUAGCAAUUCGAGUCCACUGUCCUGGCAUGGGGGACAUGAAGACCCCCGAUUUUGAUGACUUGUUGGCAGCAUUUGAUAUUCCUGAUAUCGAUGCCAAAGAGGCCAUUCAGUCAGCACCAGAAGAGGUGGAAGGACACCAGGGAUCAAGCAGUGGGUCCAUCACAAAAUCAGGCGAGAGCGGAGUUGGCGCUAGUUCCACCCUCAGAGCCCCCAGCCCGGCCACCGAUUCACAGAGCGACCCCUCUAUUGUUAGUGUUAUUGUAAAGAAUCGGGUGCGUAGUGAAGCCUUUGAAGGUGGUGAUGUACCAGUGUCGGAACCACUCAACCAUAAUGGAUUUGUGUCCUCAGGUGGGGCAGGUCAUCUGUCUCAGUCCCGAAGCCAGCCAAACGGGGAGCAGUGGCCUCUGUGUGGCUCCAAAGUGACUCCGGACUCCACGGGGUCAGUGCUUGGAUGUGCUAACACCUCCAAACAGAGUAGCAACAUCUUCAACAAGCUAAAGCCUCUGAUGGCACAGGGGACUGGAGACCCUGUUGGUAGGGCCAGAAGGAUGCAGAUGCUGCAGCAGCACGCACAGCAGGAAUUAGGAUUAGAGGGAGCCGACAAGACGAAGAGCGCCGCCGUUCCCGGGGGCACGAGCGGAGGGGCUUCUCCUUUUUUCCCUGCUCCCAAACCAUACCUCCCAAAUUCUUCCACUGUUCCUUCUUCAUCACCUUCAUCAGCCUCUCCUUCGGUUGGGUCCCGUGUCUCAGGGGCUGUUGCCUCUUCACCCCUUGCUACGAGUUUGACAGAACCAUUUAAUGGUACUCCGCGCCACAGUUCAUCAGAAUUUAGGCGUAUGGACUCAGAGGAGGAAGAUUCCGACCCGGAUUCUGGGGGGUCGCUGGUCAUUCAAGAAAGUCCCGGCUCUCCCACCUCUCCAAAACGCUCACGCAGACUUAAGUCUCCUGCAGAGAGUUCAGAGUCCCCCUCACUUCCAUGCUCUGCACCCAUGUCUUCAGCUGCUUUCCCCAAACCAGGGGACAUCCCCUUAGCUUCACCUGCUUCCCCUCAGGUGCAGAACUGGCUUUCUUCACCUGUUCAGACAGGGAAUGUUAAGAGCCCACCAGCAGAAGAGCGAAAUCCAGGACAUGUCAUUGAGGAACGUGACUCACCAGAAAGUCCAGAGCCUGAGAUGCCCAAAGUAUCAGUAACAGCUUCCAAAAAGUCUUCCAGCCCAGCACUGAUUGCUUCUUCCCCACCAACAGGCCUCCGAGAACCUAAAGAGGAAGAAGAAGAGAUGGAGGUGGCCAAACCAGUAAAUGAGGAGAAUGGGGAUACGGCUAAUUUAGGUCAGGACAAUGGACAAAAAGAUGAAGAAAAAAUGGAGGUAGAAGACGAAAACAUGUCUACCCAGUGUCUCGCUAUCCCUAAUAGCAGCGGAGGCACUACAGCCGAAGGUACUGGAACCUCCAGACCUCUUAAAGUCAGAAUAAAGACCAUUAAAACCUCCACAGGAAGCAUCACUCGAACAGUUACCCAUGUGGCAGGGAAAGGAGCUGCAGGAAAAGGCACAGAUGGUGCAAAAGUGCAACCAGAAGGACAGACAGUCAGUUCUAACAAAAGAGCUGAACCCACUGGUCGAAUGGUUAAAGGUUCCACGCUGUCUGUGUGCACUUUAGAAGCGAGCAGUGCCAUGCUAGCUGCAGCAAGCAAGGCUCAGAACAAAAGCUCUGUGUCCUCUGACAAGACCAAGGUCUCUGCCACAGCUGUCAGCAUUACGAAAGCUGCCAACCUGCCGGUGACUCCUACAGUUAGUGGCAUUAGUGUGCGUGCCGCUUCGGGGAGGGCGACUAACGGAGGCACGCCUAAUGUUCACAUUCCUUGCAAGCCAGCCUCUAUUGUCAACAGCACAGGGGCUGUUAUUUCUCGAAGCCAGUCGAGCUUAGUCGAAGCCUUCAACAAGAUCCUGAACAGCAAGAACCUGCUGCCGAGCUACCGCCCUGAUCUCUCCACCCCACCUCCACCCGAGUGGGGUCUCCCCAUGCCUGCAACAGGUUACCGCUGCCUGGAGUGUGGGGAUGCCUUUGCUCUGGAGCGCAGUCUUGCACGUCACUACGACAGGCGCUCCCUAAGAAUUGAGGUGACCUGUAACCACUGCGCAAAGCGCCUGGCCUUCUUUAAUAAGUGCAGUCUGCUGCUGCAUGCUCGGGAACAUAAAGAGAGAGGACUGGUUAUGCAGUGCUCACACCUGGUCAUGAGACCAGUUACUGUGGAGCAAAUGAUUGGUCAGCAGGAUACCACACCAAUUGGCGUGCUCUCACCUCCACUCUCUUCUCCUGCUUUGUCAACUCCUUCUACCCAAUCAGGAACACCCUCCAUCCCUUCCACCCCGAGUCCACUAAAAGAGUCACCCUCACAAGGCCCGGUUGCUUCCCAAACCAGUCCGGCUCGCCGCGGGCCUCAGAGUCCUCAUGUCCUAAUGCCUCUGCCCUGCAAGAAGGGUGAGGUUCUUCAGUACAACAAUUUCAAAUGCCCUGAAUGCCAGACUCAGUUUGUAGGCAAAGCUGAGCUAGUCGCCCACUUCCAGCAAAUCAGAGCUACCCCUAAUUCAACCUGUAUGCUCUGCUCUCCACCAAUGAUGCUGCCUAAUGGGUGUAGUGUUUCAGCUCACCAGCGAAUCCAUAAGCACCGAGCUCCACAUGUGUGUCCAGAAUGUGGUGGGAUUGCCCGUCAGGCUAGUUUUAAGACUCAUCUGGAGGAGGCCUGUCUUCACUUUGCCAGACGCAUCGGCUACAGAUGCUCCAGCUGUCAGGUGGUGUUUGGUGGCCUGAACUCCAUCAAAUCUCACAUUCAGACUGCUCACUGCGAAGUGUUCCACAAGUGUCCACAUUGCCCAAUGGCCUUCAAAUCAGCCCCCAGUGCCCAGGGUCACAUCAGCACCCAGCACCCCACCCUCAGUGCUGCUCAGGCCAAGAUGAUCUACAAGUGUGUGAUGUGCGACACAGUCUUUACCCAGAAACCUUUGCUCUAUAUGCAUUUUGACACUCACCUGGCCAAGCAGAAAGUGCAUGUUUUCAAGUGUCCAGACUGCACCAAGUUAUACGCUCAGAAGGGAUCUAUGAUGGAACACAUCAAGACUGCUCAUAGAGGCCUGGCAGGCAAAGCAGAGGCUCCGCCCAGUGCCUCGUCUCCUGUCUCAGCCUCGAGUGCAAACCCCACAUCGAGAAAGCAAGGACAAGGUGACGGGGAGGAAGAAGAGAAAGAAGAGGAAGGAGAUGAAAGAGAAAAUGAAGAGGAGGAGGAAGAAGACAAUGACGAGGAAGACCAGCCCAGUUCCCCAGACAGUGGGAGCAGCAUGGAGUGGAGAUGCAGGGAGUGUAAGACACGGUACACUGAGAGAGAUGAUUACAUUGACCACAUGAAGAAUGAGCAUGGCACGUCGAUAAAGAAGUUUCCAUGUCGGAUGUGUGAGCGCUCCUUUAGCUCGGCCAACAGCCUGCGUCGCCAUGUCCGGGUCAUUCAUGAGGGUGUCAAGAGAGUCUUCCAAUGCCAGUACUGUUCAGAGGGCAAGAGAACCUUCAGCAGUCGCCUGAUAUUAGAGAAACACAUCCGGGUCAGACACGGCAUCCGAACUAGACAGACCAUAGAGAAGCGGAAUACCACGAACACAAGAAAGCGCUCAGCACCGGGAGAAGGAGCAGGAAGCUCCUCUGAGGUUGACUACGAGGGCGGAGCUUCCUCGGUCGGAGCGGGGGCUGAUGUGCCAGAUACCGGAGGGGACGAGACAACGAGCCAGGCCAAACGAACGCGCUCAUGUGAUAAGGAAGAGGAAGCAGAAGAGGAGGAGGGAGGUUUUCGCUGUGCGCCAUGCGGCUUCAGCACGCUAGACCGGGGCGAGUUCCAGCAGCACAUUCUGAAGCACCGAGACAGCGAGUCAGCAUCACAACAGUGUGUCCAGUGCGGGGCCUGCUUUGCCUCGGCUGCCUCGCUAAGCCGCCACCGCUUCAUCACACACAAAUUAAGGCAAGAUCAACAGGACAGCAGCCAUACGUCACACACAUCCAAACCUGGAGAGGAGGAGAAGGGUGAAGAGGAGGGCGAGGGGAGCAUGAGCUGCAGGGUGUGUGGGCGCCACUUUGACAAGGCCUCGGACCUUAACACACACUUCCGCACGCACGGCAUGGCCUUCAUCAGCGCACACAAGACAGACAAGGUUGUGUGAGGAGACAGGUACUGAGAACUCUGAGGAAUGCAGUAGAAAAGGAAGGUGAACAGCUCUUUGUCCCUUUUGACUAAUGAAAAGUGUAGGCAGGUGCACUGAUGCCCCGCUUCACAACAUUCAUCUUCACGUUAUAUUUUAUUGCUCAGUUAAACAGACACUGAAUAACAAACGUUAUUAAUGCCGUUAAAACGUGUGAUAAAGACACUAAUACAGUAAAAGUCAGCCAUCUUUGCAGUCAGUCUAAUAACUUUAUUCAGGAAAAGAGCAAAAGUUGAACUUGGUUGAAUCAGUAACAUGAUUUUGAGGAAAACAAAUUCUAUAAAGAUCAGAUUUCGUAAUCCCUUCUUUAGGAAUAUGAAUAUUACACUGACCAAUUCACACCAAAGCUCAGAGCCAGACAAAUCCUUCAUUCUCUCUCAUUAUUAUCAUCGUUAUUAAUCCAGAGAGUACGUUCACGCAGGGUCACAGAGGUGUUCACUGCUUUGAGGUCAGUCGUUACAGGCGGAGCUGCUGGCAUGCAGCACGGUUUCGGCUCCAGAACCGGACCUGGAGCUCAGAUUCCCAAACAGAGCAUUAAAAGUUACAUAAGGGUGCUAAUGAAGCCUUUUUCCUGUUUGUAUAAAAACACUGAGCUGUAGUAAUGAUAUUGUAUCAGCAUUGUAUUAUUGAUAUUUAUUUAUAUGAAUUGUUCGUACUGAUUGUGAGUCUUUUUCUUUUUUUUGCGAGACAAAUUGUGAAAGUGAAAAUUAUGGUUGUUGAUGUCAAAAACCUGAGGAUCCUGUGGAUAUUAUGUCAAGAAAAGAGCUCCUGAGGUAAGAUUUGUAAAUGGUUUAAUAGUCACACGGUCAAUAGUUUCACUCAGCAGGUUCUCACCCUGGCCACCGAGACGUGUAGAAAUGGAUCCUGUUUAAAGUUUGCUCGGGUUCUGUUUAGACAACGUGAACAAGUUCCGUUUUUGUAUCUGUAUUUUAUUUUUCCUUAGCUGAUUUCAGAUACCCCUAAUGUAAAAAUCUCAUUUAUGCCUGAGGAGCUGGGUGUAUUUUUUAUGAAUUUAUUGUAAUUAAAAACAGACGUUGAGUGUAAUGGAUCGCAGAAACAUUACACACCCAUACAAAUAUU